AUGCAAGCAGACAGCCGUGAGAGUCUAGAAGGCAAGACACCCCUGCCUUGUCCUUUCCAAGAACCAAUGACAGCACCCAAGCACAUGCAAGAUGGCUCAACGGCAGUAGCUGAGCAGUUGGAAACAAUUGAUUUGAGUAAUGACCCCUCUGUCCCAAGACCCAUCUCUGUCAGUGUUCAUUUAACGGGGGAAGAGAAGGAAGCUUUGGUGUCUUUGUUGAAAGAAUUUCGAGAUGUGUUUGCUUGGAGUUACGAAGAGAUGCCCGGCCUUAAUUCAAAUUUGGUGGAAAUUGAAAAACUGUUAGCUGCUAGAUUCAUCAAGCCAAUCAAACACCCGACGUGGCUAGCAAAUGUUGUGCCCGUGAAGAAGAAAACUGGGGUAAUUAGGAUAUGCACAGACUACCGUGAUCUCAAUCGAGCUUGCUCAAAUGAUGAAUUCCCGCUACCCAACAUGGAUAUCUUGAUCGAUUCAACCUCAGGUCAAGGCUUCCUGUCAUUCAUGGAUGUGUUCAGUGGCUAUAAUCAAAUCAAGAUGUCACCCAAGGAUGCUAAGAAGACAGCCUUUCGAACGCCCUAUGAAAAUUUCUACUCCAAGGUCAUGUUGUUCGGUCUCAAGAACGCCGGUGCUACCUACCAACGGGCCAUGAUGGCAGUGUUUCAUGAUAUGAUGGGAAAAGAGGUGGAAGACUACGUGGAUGAUCUUGUAGUAAAAUCCAAAACCAGAGGAAGUCAUUAG